CCAACUGUUCUGCAUCCAGUGAUCCGGUGUCCAUCAACUCAGUCUCCGUCCGGCGAUCUAACCCACAUCGUGAGGCACCUCGUGAGUGAUCGUCCCCAGUGCUCAUUUACAGUGGAAGUUUGGAUACCAUACACAACUCGCCGUUUUUUUUUGCUCUUUUUGGAUGAAGUGAUCCCACCAUAUCCGGAGAUGAAAGGAUCCGAGGUCGCUCUAACUAUCAACGGAGUGCUGUACAAAGUUCCAGAAUCCCUACCGGCGGACACUACGCUCAAUGAAUUCAUUCGGACAGCAGCCCACCUCAAAGGCACAAAAUUCAUGUGCUUGGAAGGGGGCUGUGGUGCCUGCAUUGUCACAGCCAAGAGGAAAGAUCCUGCCACUGGAAAAGACUUGAUUUUUGCAGUCAAUUCGUGCCUAACGCCCAUUUUUGCUUGUCAUGGGUGGGCCAUUACAACUGUUGAGGGAAUUGGCAGUAAAGCAACUGGCUACAAUAAAGUUCAAUCUCGUUUGGCCAGUUUCAGCGGAACACAAUGCGGUUAUUGUUCGCCUGGAAUGGUUAUGAACAUGUACAGUCUGAUGAAAGGAAAUGAGCAAGUUACAAUGAAAGCAGUCGAAAAUUCUUUUGGUGGCAAUAUCUGUCGCUGCACUGGUUACCGACCCAUUCUCGAUGCUUUCAAGUCACUUUGUACCGACUCGCCGAAAGACUUCUAUCCAGAUAAAUGUGCUGACAUUGAGGAUUUUCCAAAAGUUUGUCCCAAAACAGCAGAAAUUUGCACGAAAAUUUGCAACGACAAGAACCGUUGCCAUACAGAUGAGCACUUCAACGAGGAAUAUGACUUCCUUUAUGUUGAUAACUUAGCCCUCUCGUUAGCAAACAAUACUAAAUGGUACAAAGUUGAUGGCAAGAAAGAAAUCUUUGAGAUUUUUGACAUGAUUGAUGAUCCUCAAUCUUAUCAGCUGGUCGCAGGGAACACUGCACAUGGUGUCUAUCGCAACAGUGAUUUUGAUUUCUACAUCGAUAUCAACAGUGUAGCUGAACUAUCAGACUGGAAUCUUCAGGAUAACGCCCUGAAUCUUGGUGCCAAUAUUACUUUAACAAAAGCAAUGAGCAUUUUUGAGAGUGUGUCGAAGAAGUAUCCCAAAUUUAGUUAUCUGAAAGCAUUUGCUGAUCACAUUGAUUUGAUAGCUAAUGUGCCUGUCAGAAAUGUUGGAACUCUGGCUGGCAACUUGAGCAUCAAGAAUCAACACACUGAAUUUCCAUCAGACAUCUAUCUGAUGUUCGUUACAGUCGGUGCCAUGUAUACCUAUGAGACACCCAUGGGAUCCUCUGAUAUAAGAGAGGUUGAAGAACUCAUUGAAACUGAUAUGAGAAAGAAAUUGAUUACAUCUUUUGUCCUUCCUUCAUUGGAUGAUUCUUACAUCGUAAAAACUUACAAGAUCAUGCCCCGCGCUCAAAAUGCGCAUGCGUAUGUUAACGCAGGCUUUAAAAUUAAGCUAGGUAACAAGGACACUAUGACUGUCAGUGAAGCCAGUAUCGUAUAUGGUGGCAUCAGGCGUAACUUUGUGCAUGCUUCUCAAACAGAGAACUUCUUGGUUGGGAAGAGUUUGUUGGAUUCUCAUGUAGUGCAAGGAGCUCUCGAUAAACUCGCCUCUGAAGUAGAUCCUGACGUUGUUUUGACGGAUGCCUCUCCUGCUUAUCGCAAGGGCCUAGCUCAAUCCUUAUUUUACAAGUUUGUCUUAAGUCUUAAACCGACCUCUAUCAGUCCUAAAUACCGCAGUGGAGGUGAAAAACUAGUUCGUCCUCUCUCAUCCGGAAAACAGAGUUUUGACUCUGAUGAAAAGAUGUGGCCUGUGAACAAAGCAAUGCCAAAAUUGGAAGCAUACUCACAAUGUUCAGGAGAAGCGGAGUUCUCGAACGAUGUUCUUGCACCACCAGGUGAACUGUAUGGCGCCUUCGUCUUAGCACCCGUUGGACCAGGCAUACUUGAUUCCAUCGACACUAGUGCUUCUAUGGCAAUGAAUGGAGUAAAAUCCUUCUUUUCUGCCAAGAACAUUCCAGGUCUCAAUUCUUUUACACCAGUGGAUGCAGCAACUGGAGCCCAGGAAAAUGAGCUGCUCUUUGCCGAGAAAGAGGUGCUGUUUGCAGGACAGCCUGUGGGACUUCUAAUUGCCACGAGUCAACACUUAGCAAACAAAGCAGCUAAGAGGGUUAAAGUGCAUGUGAAGGAUGUUAAGAAACCUUUGACAUCAACGCAAGAAGUUUUGAGCUCUGGAGACAAGUCGCGAAUCAAACCCAUUAAAACAGUCGAGAGGAAGCUCGAAAAUGCUGCAAGUGGGAAGAAUAUUAUCAAAGGAGUGUUCGAAAUCAAAGAGCAGUACCACUUCACUAUGGAAACGCAAGUUUGCUUGGCAGUUCCAACUGAGGAGGGCUUGGAUGUUUACCCAUCUUCCCAAUUCCUCUCCAUGAUUCAGAGGAGCAUCUCUCAGUGCCUCAAACUCCCUGAAAACUGCAUCAAUGUGCAGAAUAGGCGCGUAGGCGGAGGAUAUGGCUCCAAAAUUUCUCGAAAUUCUCAGGUAGCCACUGCUUGUGCAUUGGCUGCUUAUAUCUUGCGUAAGCCGGUGCGAGUCAUGCUUACCAUUGAGACGAACAUGCAAUCAGUUGGCAAACGCAUACCUUGUUUGUCCACCUAUGAGGUGUCUGUAGAUGAUGCAGGAAAAAUUCAGUAUUUGAACUUGGAUAUUCACCAAGACCUUGGUUCUUCCUGGAAUGAAAAUGCUGUUUCAGGGACAUUAGCAUUUUUAGCGAGUGGCUAUGAUUCGAGAACUUGGAAUAUCAAUGGUUUUGCCGUUAGAACAGACAAGAGUAGCAACACAUGGUGCAGAGCUCCAGGUUCUGCAGAGGCUAUAGCAACUAUUGAGCAUAUUUUAGAUCACAUCGCAACUGUUUUGAAUAAAGAUCCAGUAGACGUCCGCACGGCUAACUUCAGUGAUGACUACAAGGAACAGUUGGUCGCAAUGAUCACUCAACUGAAAGAAACUUCUGAUUUUGAUAACCGAAAACAACAGAUCAAGGAGUUUAAUGAGAAAAAUAGAUGGCGGAAAAAGGGAAUUAGCCUUGUGCCAAUGAGGUACCCAAUGGGGUUAUGGGGCAACUACCACGCAUUGAUAUCCAUCUAUCAAUCUGACGGAACAGUUUCAAUUGCUCAUGGAGGGAUUGAAAUGGGUCAAGGAAUAAACACAAAGGCUGCCCAAGUGUGUGCGUAUAAAUUUGGAAUCGAUGUCAGUAUGGUGAAAAUUAAGCCAACAAACGUCCUCACAGCUCCAAAUAAUGCUGUCUCAGGGGGCAGUAUGGCUAGUGAAGCUGUUUCUUUGGGAGUGAUAAAAUGCUGUGAUGUACUUUUGGCUCGUCUUGCGCCCAUCAAGGCCAAACUGGGUCCAGAUGCAGAUUGGCAGAAGAUAAUCGGAACUGCUGCAGCUGAAAAUGUUGAUCUCUGUGCAAAUUAUAUGUAUACAAAUAAAGACUUCGGGGAAAAGGUGUCAUCAUACGAUAUCUUCGGAGUUGCUGCUCUAGAAGUUGAAGUAGAUGUUCUUACUGGAAACUAUCUGAUCCAAAGAUGUGAUAUCAUUGAAGAUGCUGGUGUGAGUUUAAGUCCUGAAGUUGACAUUGGGCAAGUUGAGGGCGCUUUUGUGAUGGGUCUUGGUUAUUGGUUAACUGAAGAGAUCAUUUUUGACCCAAACACUGGCAGUGUGCUCACAGAUAGAACCUGGAAUUACAAACCUCCAGGAGCAAAAGAUAUUCCCGUCGACUUGCAUGUGACUUUGCUGAAGAAUGGGAGCAAUCCAGUCGGAGUUCUUCGAUCCAAAGCGACAGGCGAACCACCGUUAUGCAUGAGCUGCGGAGUUAUGUUCGCUCUUCGAGAUGCCAUUAACUCAUCGCUCGCUGAUGCUGGAAAACAGAAGCAGUGGAUUGAUAUCAAGGUUCCAUUCACACCGGAGAAAGUAUUCCUGGCUGCGUCUGCUGGUACACAAGAAUACAAACUGUAAGAGAGUCCGUGAGCAGGGUGGCUGCACCUUCCUGGUAGACUUACAUUUAAAUUAUUUCAUGUAGAGAUGGGAAGUGUAAGUUUAGUACAACUAAGUCUGUGGAAAGUAAGAGCUUUUAAUUUCCAAGCUUAUGUUUUUCUGCUGUCUUAUCUUUUGAGCAAGUGUGCAUGGGUAUGGCAACUUCUCUCAAGUCAAAAAGUCAUGGCAUUUCGCAUGAAGAUUCAGGGAUAAGUCAGGGAAUUUCAAGAUUCUAAACUUUUAGCCACUCUGAAGAGGUUUCACCCUGCCAUUAUUUUCAUUCCAUAAUUCAUUCAAUCAAAGGUUUAUGCUCAGCAUGGAUCUUCUGCCUCAAACUUUGUUCGUCCAAGGAAACUUACUAAGUUUUUGAACGCAUGUAUCCUAAUUUUAUGCUCAUAAAAAUCCACUCACUCCAUCUUGGUUGGAGUCUUGUUUUUAUAGACAGCCAACAAAACAAAAACAAAAAAUCUCUCCCGUCCAAAAAAUUUUAUUGUAACUUUUCAAAAAUCUAUUUUUUAAAGUUUGUCUUGCAGUUGUCAAGUUUGUUGAUUCGUGAGUUGGUAAUGAUGGUAUCCAAUCUUCCUUGUUGUGUCUAGAUCCCAGUAUUUUAAUGUUAAUUUCCAAUUUCUGUUAUUGUUAAGUUUGGCUCAUAUUUUUUAAUUUGUAUUUAAAAUGAAGAAAUAAAUUCUUCUAUAGUGUAUUCACAAUACUUGUAACAAUAUUAUCCAUUUAAUAUAGAAGAUAAAAGUUACCUGAAAUUUGCUUUUUGCUUUUUAUAAAUUGUAAAACCUUCUGAUGAAUAAAGUAUUCUCUUUACAAA